AUGCCCCAAACUUCGGAGCACAUCAAAAGACCCAUGAACGCCUUCAUGGUGUGGUCCAGGGGCCAACGGCGCAAGAUGGCCCGGGAACACCCGAGGAUGCACAACUCGGAAAUUAGCAAGCGACUGGGCGCCGAGUGGAAGAAGCUGAGCGACUCGGAGAAGCGUCCUUACAUCGACGAGGCCAAAAGGCUCCGCGCCCAACACAUGCGAGAACACCCGGACUACAAAUACCGACCCCGGCGCAAAGCCAGGGCGGGCGCUGGCGCGGAGGCAGAGCGCCUGCUCUUCUUCUCCUCCUCCUCCUCCGAGGAGAACUCUCGCUUCCUCGUCAGCGGGGACAAAAGUCCCGCCCUCCCAGCGCCUCCUCCUCCUCACCUCCGUCUGAUGGCCGAGUUCCAGCCACCGCCGCCGAGCGGCUACGGCGCGCCCGUCUUCGGGGGCUGGGCUCGCCUCGGACAGCGCGGCCCACCUUACGUGCAGCUGCCGUGCAACUGCGGAGCCUGGUCGGCGGGCGGCCUGCAUCCGCAAGUGGCGGCUUAUAUACUCCUCCCGGCCCCGGGGCCCGGUGGCUUGACGAGCAAGAGCGGCGCGGAAGCUUACGCGACGUCGGCACACGGCGCCAGUGCAGUCUAG